UCUUCUUUUUUUCCACCUGCAAAAAACUUUUUUCUUUUGGCUUGGUGCCUCCAGGGCUGGUGUCCCCGGUCCAGAAUAACCGCUUCCAGACCCCGGUGUCCAACCCCGCCCCAGGUUGCCCCCGGCUCUGCCCCAGGCCCCGGAGGGUGGGAAGCUUUGCCCAGCAGGUCUCAGCAGCAUAGUCGCAAUUGAGUCAGUAUGCUUGGGGUCAACGAUCCUCCUCUUUUUAUAAAAGACAUUAAGGCCGGACUGAAGAACUUAAAUGUCGUUUUUAUUGUCCUGGAGAUAGGACGCAUGGUGACCAGAACCAAAGAUGGCCAUGAAGUGAGAUCCUGCAAAGUAGCUGACAGAACGGGAAGCAUCACUAUUUCUGUGUGGGAUGAAAUGGGAAGACUCAUACAGACAGGGGAUAUUAUUCGUUUGACCAGAGGGUAUGCAUCAAUGUGGAAAGGAUGCCUGACACUUUAUACUGGAAGAAGUGGUGAACUUCAAAAAAUUGGAGAGUUUUGUAUGGUGUAUUCAGAACUGCCAAAUUUCAGUGAGCCAAACCCGGAUUAUAGAGGACAGCAGAACAACUCGGUACAAAAUGAGAAGGAUAAAGUGAAUGCUGGGACAUUUGGACCCUUUGGAAAUGGUGUUCAGACUGGGACUGAUUCAAGAGGAUAUCAUCUUCCAUAUACUGGUAGAAGCAGUGGCCGGGAGCACAUCUAUUUUCCAUUUCCAGGAGCUCGAAGUAGUCAAACAGUCAUGACCACAAUAAACAAUGCCAGGGAUCUGAGGAGAGCUUUUAGAAGAUGACUGAAGCCAAAGAGACUCAUGUAGUUUUUAAACUACGUGCCCUACAUGAACACUUAAUGCACUUUUAUUUAUUGUUAUCUGUGAAAAGCUUGUCUCUUACAGGUUUCCUGUUACAUUUUGGGUUUGUUAAACAGAAUGACUGAUUUUUACUGCACAGUGUUGAGUUGUUUAGUUCCAUCCUGUUGCAGAAUAGGAACUCUGAAAGUGGGAACAUUUAUUUUUUAGAGCAAGACCUUACUGAGUAUCACCUGAAAACCUGUCCAUGUUUCAAGGGUGAACUACUUAUGACACUAAUGUUUUCCAUAACAUUUCAUGGGAAAUGUUCUUUUGUUUUAACUGGGAUGUGGCCGGCGGAAGUGAUAGCAGCCCCAAGCAGAAGCCUGGCCGGUGCUGACAGUGCUUUGAGUGCUUAUGGACCAGGGACGACUGACUUAUAGAGUGACUGGCCUGCCAUUGAGAGUGUCCACGGACAGAAGCACAGCCUACAUUCUUGUUUAGUUGCCAGACAACCUGACUCUUAUCAGAAUUGUGCAAUACAAUGUGUAAUAUUACAAGUAGUUUUAGAAGAAAAUUGUAAGAUAAUGCUGUUUAUAUUUGUUACAUACAAACAUUAAACUUAUUCUUAAGAAAAAUUUGCAACAGAGUCUUUGUGUUAAUUUUUAAUCAACCAUUUUAAAUACUGGUAUAAUUGGAGGCCAUUACAAUACCACACUGGAUAGAAAUCUCAUUAGUCCAGUCUCUGUCUCCCAGGUGUUGGGGAUAAAGUUGUGCGUUACCACCCGAGGUUGAUAUGAUUACUAAAAAACAAAACAGAAAACAUGUGGUAGAUGAAUAUUGUAACAAAUGCAAUUCAGAUUGAAUUCUUAUAGCCAUGUGACAACCUGCGUCAGGUGGUCAGGUAGAAGUAAGAAUGCUGGAGUAAGGAUAGGUACUGCUUUUCUUAUGGAAGUGUAUGUGGUUUAGUUCUUUAGUUUCAGUUUAUUUUAAUUUUAAUUUUUUUGGUUUUUCAAGAUGGGAUUUCUCUGAAGCUUGCUCUGUAGACCAAGCUAGCCUCUGACUUACAGAGAUCCACCUGUCUGUUUCCUGAGCGCUCUCUCUUAGCAAUAUUUGGGUGGGUAAUUGGUAGAUGUUUUCAUGUUAGUUUCUUUUCUUAAAUAUUACCCCGUGAGUAAAUGUCUUGCUCUACUGACAGCACAGCCGCCUGCUCUGCUCUUUCCCCAAGCAUGGAGAGUCCAGUUCAGUUUCCUGAAGCUGGGUCGGCUUCAGCCUGCCUGCUUCCUAUCUCUGUGUCUGCUGAUUCUCCUGGCCUCACAUUGUACAAUAAGUAAGUUUCUGUUCAAAUCCUGUAGCAUUUGCAUAUAACCUGUGCCAGAUAUUAUUGUUCUAUUUCUGUUUAAUAAAUUCAGUUUGCACUGUAUUAGGCUCAAUGUGGAGAUUAUUGUAAUAUUUGAGAUAUUACAGGAAAUUUUCUUAGGGUUUAUAGUUGCUGGGCUUUGAUAGUAUAGAUAAUUGGUCAUUUGUUCAUAUAUUAAUAUUAACUAUUUUGGUUUUGUGAUUAUUUAUGAUUUUUUGUUUCCAUUACUGAAUGCUUCAAAAAAGUUACCUAAGA